AUGGUGUUGACGGACGUUGGUGGAGGCCCACCGGUAUCAUUGAAGGUGGUGGUAUUAGGCGAUGGAGCAGUGGGAAAGAGUUGUCUUCUGAUAUCCUACACUACCAACUCGUUUCCUGCGGACUAUAUACCCACAGUGUUUGAUAACUACAGCAAUAGCAUAAUGGUGGACGGUAGGGCAGUGAAUGUCGCUUUCUUUGAUACGGCUGGACAGGAGGAUUAUGACAGACUAAGACCAUUGUCCUACCCUGAUACCGACAUCUUUCUACUGUGUUACUCCGUCGACAAUGCCGAUUCUUUAGAAAAUAUAAAAGAGAAAUGGAUACCGGAAGUAGAUCACUACUGUCCAGGCGUACCAAAGAUUAUGAUUGCAUGUAAAGCAGGUAUGUUGCCCAGCCGCUCGGAGCGGACGAUUCCGGUACCGAAAGGAGUGGGAGAAAAGAUGGCGAAAGACCUUGGAUUAGACCAUUACACCACAAGCGCUCUGACAUUACAAGGUGUGGAUGUCGCUAUGCAAGAAAGUUUUAGACUUGGAAUAGCUGACAAGAAAAGUCACAAACACCGUAAAAGCAAGGGAAUAUUUGGUAAACUUUCAAAGAAGAAAGACACCCCUGUUCCCCCCGUCAUGCCGCCAGCAGGUGAGGCUCCGAGAAUUGAGAUUCAGACUUCAGUAUUCGCUGAUCAACUUUAUCAGAUGUUUGUGGAUGCCCAGUUCACUGAUGUUGAAUUUGUGGUUGAAGAGAAACACAAAAUACAGGCUCAUAAAAUGUCGUUAUGUUCGGCUUCUCCACAUUUUGCCAAAAUUCUGGGUGUUUCCCAAACAAUAAACAAUAUAGAAAACUACAGUCUGGAUGAUUUGAAUAUGGGGACAACACCUGGUAUUGCUGCUGCUUACUAUAAAGAAGAUGAGACUGGUAAAGCGAGAUUAACUGUUGAGAUCAGUUCUGAUAUAAAGGCAUCAACAUUCCUGAGAGUGGUCGAAUUUCUUUAUACAGGUAAGGUAACGCUAAAUGUCCAACUGUCCUAUCUUAAAGAAUUACUGAGAGUGGCUGAAAUAUUCAAAUUGGGUCAGUUAGAAACUGUUUGCUUGAAUUAUGGUAACGAGGAAGAAUUUCUCAAUCCCAGCAUUGGAACGUUCCUUAACGACCAAACAGCGUCCAAAAUUAAAACAAUGUUUCUCAACAAGCCGGAAGGUGCUGACGUCAUAUUCAACGUGGAGGGUACAAAGAUAUAUGGACAUAAAUCAGUGCUCAGAUCCAGAAGUGACGUCAUGAACGCCAUGUUGUGUGGACAUUUUACUGAGUCUGCUCAAGCUCUGUCAGAGGUAGGUACUACACCGGAAGUAUUUUUAGCAUUAUUAGAAUAUCUCUACACCGACCAUUCACCAAUAGAUGACGUCGAUUCAGUGGGACUACUUAUUUUAGCGAAUGAAUAUAAUGUGAUGCGGCUUGUUAAUUUAUGUGAAUUGUAUAUUACCAAGGAAGUUGAUAAAAGUUGUGUUAAAAGUAUUGAAAAAAUGGACAUUGACGUCAUCGGCUUACUAAUGACUGCUCAGAUUCAUAAUGCUGAUCAACUGAGUCAAUGGUGUUUACAUUUUAUAGCGUCAAACCAUAUCGCGUUCAACGAGAGAGAUGAGUACAGACUAUUGGACGGUGAAAAUAAGGAAUAUAUCGAGACCAAUCAGUGGCCUCCAUUGUCAUACCUUGCUGAGGUCGAGGAAUAUGAAAGACAAAUGAAGAAAAGGGGAGAGAAGUGCGUCAUUAUGUGA